GGGUUACCUUCAGGAUUCAGUUUCUUUUUACACUGGGGGUGGCGGUGGUAAGAAACUGCAUCUAUCUAAAAGCUUACGUGAAUUCAGAGAUUUACCUGUGUGAAUCUCCCCGCUUUUAUUUAGGACCUAGCAGUGCCUGGCCCACAGCAGGUGCUCAGGAUAUAUGUGGAACUGACCACAAGUAGGGAAGCAGAAGGAAGGACAAAAAAUAACUCUAAAAUUUUUCCCUAACUGGCAUCCUUAUUUCCUUGGUGUCCUUGGUAAUAAAGAUUUUAAAAUUUCUCUCUGCCUUAUUAAAAAAAAAAGUGAAAAUACACCUACAGAUGUUAUAUAUAAAUACAUAAGAAAAAACCAAAUCCAAUUACAUACACCACAGGGGGGUCACAAGGAAGAAAUUGGAGAUAUGCUUCCCCAACUGAAAAUCUCCCCCACUGAGAUUUCUUUAUGUUUGUUUUAGCUCAAGCUGGCCAUAAAUAAACUUAAGUAGUACUCAAGAAUGUGUUAUUAAAGAGUCUCUGGGAAUGGCAAUACAAUCAUUGAAUCUGGAUUCUACCAAGUAAAGAGAUAAUCAGAAUAUCCUAGCAACCAGGAGAGACCAGCAUGAAGAUUGGGGCAGAUGGCAAGACGCAUAUCAACGUAUUCCCCUAUCCAAAGGCAACCAGUGCAAAUAUUCUGGUUGCAAAAAUUGACAGAAGUAAAAAGAGAGCGCUGGAGAAUGAUGGACCUGUUAAAAAGAAAGCAAGGAAUGUCCAAGAAAAGGAAGAAGGAAGUGAUUCUGUAAUGUCUGGGAACUCUGAGCCCAAGAAACACCUGAGGACCAGGACUGUUUUAAAGUCUCUGGAAAAACUGAAAGAAUUCUGCUGCGAUUCUGCCCUUCCUCAAAAUAGAGUCCAGACAGAACCUCUUCAGAAGAAGUUUGCAGUUCUGCCAAAAUGUACUGAUUUUGAGGAUAUUGAUCUUCUACGUGCAAAGAAUGCAGUUUCUUCUGAAGAUUCCAAAUCCCAAACUAGCCAAAAGGACAAGACAUCACAAAGGAGUUAUGAAAACCUACAGAAAACAUCUGAUUCUAAACCAUCUAAUAAACGGACUAAAAGCAUCUACACACCCUUAGAAUUACAAUACUUAGAAAUGAAGCAGCAGCAGAAAGAUGCAAUUUUGUGUGUCGAAUGUGGAUAUAAGUAUAGAUUCUUUGGGGAAGAUGCAGAGAUUGCCGCCCGGGAGCUCAAUAUCUAUUGCCAUUUAGAUCACAACUUUAUGACAGCAAGCAUACCUACUCACCGACUGUUCGUUCACGUACGCCGCCUUGUGGCCAAAGGAUAUAAGGUGGGAGUUGUGAAGCAAACUGAAACAGCUGCUUUAAAGGCUAUUGGGGACAACAAAAGUUCACUCUUUUCCCGGAAACUGACUGCUCUUUAUACAAAAUCUACACUUAUUGGAGAAGAUGUGAAUCCUUUAGUCAAGCUGGAUGAUGCUGUAAAUGUCGAUGAGGUAAUGACUGAUACUUCUACCAGCUAUCUUCUGUGUAUCUGUGAAAACAAAGAAAACGUUAAAGACAAAAAAAAGGGGAGCGUUUCCAUUGGAGUUGUGGGAGUACAGCCCGCCACAGGUGAGGUUGUGUUCGACAGUUUCCAGGACUCCGCUUCCCGUUCAGAACUGGAAACUCGGAUACUGUGCCUGCAGCCAGUGGAGCUGCUGCUUCCGUCAGAUUUGUCGGAGCAAACGGAGAUGCUCAUCCACCGGGUCACGGCUAUGAGUGUGCGGGAUGACAGAAUUCGAGUAGAAAGGAUGAAGAACGUGUAUUUUGAGUACAGCCAUGCUUUCCAAGAGGUUACAGAAUUUUAUGCAAAAGAUGUAGUCGACAUUAAAGAUUCUCAAAGUUUUUCUGACAUCAUUAACUUGGAGAAGCCUGUGAUUUGCUCUUUGGCUGCCAUAAUAAGAUACCUCAAAGAGUUUAACUUGGAAAAGGUGCUUUCCAAACCCAAGAAUUUUAAACAGUUGUCAGGUGAAAUGGAGUUCAUGACAAUUAAUGGAACAACAUUAAGGAACCUGGAAAUCCUUCAGAAUCAGACUGAUAUGAAAACAAAAGGAAGUUUAUUUUGGGUUUUAGACCAUACUAAAACUUCAUUUGGGAGGCGCAAGUUAAAGAAGUGGGUGACCCAGCCGCUCCUUAAAUUAAGGGAAAUAAAUGCUCGACUUGAUGCUGUAUCUGAAGUUCUCCAUUCAGAAUCCAGUGUGUUUGGUCAGAUAGAAAAUCAUCUACGUAAAUUGCCUGACAUAGAGAGAGGACUCUGUAGCAUUUAUCACAAAAAAUGUUCUACGCAGGAGUUCUUCCUGAUUGUCAAAACCCUGUAUCACUUGAGGUCAGAAUUUCAAGCACUAAUACCUGCUGUGAAUUCCCAUGUUGAGUCAGAGUUGCUCCAGACAUUUAUUUUAGAAAUUCCUGAACUCCUCAGUCCAGUGGAGCAUUACUUAAAGAUACUCAAUGAACAGGCUGCCAAGAUUGGAGAUAAAACUGAAUUAUUCAAAGAUCUUUCUGACUUCCCUUUAAUAAAAAAGAGGAAGGAUGAAAUUCAAGACGUUACCCACAAGAUCCAAACACAUUUGCAAGAAAUACGAAAAAUACUAAAAAAUCCUUCUGCACAAUAUGUGACUGUAUCAGGACAGGAGUUUAUGAUUGAAAUAAAGAAUUCUGCUGUAUCUUGUAUACCAGCUGAUUGGGUUAAGGUUGGAAGCACAAAAGCUGUGAGCCGCUUUCACUCUCCUUUUAUUGUAGAAAAUUACAGACAUCUGAAUCAGCUCCGGGAGCAGCUAGUCCUUGACUGCAGUGCUGAAUGGCUUGCUUUUCUAGAGAGUUUCAGUGAACAUUAUCACUCCUUGUGUAAAGCAGUCCAUCACCUAGCAACGGUUGACUGCAUUUUCUCCCUGGCCAAGGUCGCUAAACAAGGAGAUUACUGCAGACCAACUCUACAAGAAGAAAGGAAAAUCCUAAUAAAAAAUGGCCGGCACCCUGUGAUUGACGUGCUGCUGGGAGAGCAGGACCAGUUUGUUCCCAACAGUACAGAUUUGUCAGGGGAUUCGGAGAGAGUCAUGAUAAUUACUGGACCAAACAUGGGUGGAAAAAGCUCGUACAUAAAACAGGUUGCAUUGAUUACUGUCAUGGCUCAGAUUGGUUCCUAUGUACCUGCAGAGGAAGCAACAAUUGGAAUUGUGGAUGGCAUUUUCACAAGGAUGGGGGCUGCGGAUAACAUAUAUAAAGGACAGAGUACAUUUAUGGAAGAACUGACCGACACAGCAGAAAUAAUAAGAAAAGCAACACCGCAGUCUCUGGUUAUCUUGGAUGAAUUGGGAAGGGGGACGAGCACCCAUGAUGGAAUCGCCAUUGCUUAUGCUACACUUGAACAUUUCAUUAGAGAUGUGAAAUCCUUAACCCUGUUUGUUACCCAUUAUCCACCAGUUUGUGAACUAGAAAAAGGUUACUCACAACAGGUGGGGAAUUAUCACAUGGGAUUUUUGGUCAAUGAGGAUGAAAGCAAACAGGAUGCAGGUGAAGAAGACCAGGUCCCUGAUUCUGUCACAUUUCUUUAUCAAAUAACCAGAGGAAUUGCAGCAAGGAGUUACGGACUCAAUGUGGCUAAACUAGCAGAUGUUCCUGGAGAAAUUUUAAAGAAAGCAGCUAGCAAGUCCAAAGAGCUGGAAGGAUUAGUAAAUAUGAAAAGGAAAAAGCUAAAGUGUUUUGCGAAGCUUUGGACGAUAGAUGAUGCAAAAGGCUUGCAAAAGUGGACAGAAGAAGAAAUUACAGACUUCUCUUUGUGAUGAAAAUGAAGGCUAUGUUUUGGAACCAAAAAGUAGAGAAUUAAAAAUGCCAACUGUGUGAAAACAACUCUCCAGUAACAGCCCAUCUUUGUGUGAUGUGAGCAUAAAGCCUGACCAUGGCAUAUUCCUAUCAGAAACAGGGAGGCCUUUUGUGUAGGUUCCUGCUAUCCUGAUUUUUAAAAGUAUAAACACUUUUGAAUAUUAAGAUUCCUAUCAUGUUAUUAGAAAAUCUCAUGGAUGGUAAGAUUCAAAUAAAAUAAAAAGCUUCUAAGUAAAAUCGGAAGUAGACUGUACAGUUCAUGAAGUUUUAGAGGCUGAUAUAAAAAGUAAUGCAUGAUUUUAUUUGUUUCAGUUCAGAUAAUUUGCAGCUGGGUGAAAUGUCUAGCAGGAAUACACCUUUUAUUCGAACUGAAAUAAUUUCAUCAUACUACCAGUUUAUUCACUGUGAGCCUAAGAAUUUUUGAAAAGAAAUAGAAUCGUCAGGCUGUUUAGAAACUAGAGCACAUGAAAUUUGAGAAGUUAAAUAUUGUCAUAGUUUUAAGCAAUUUGGAGAUUGUUGGAUGAAAUUAUUUGUCAUUCAUUUAAGUAAUAAACAUUGAUGAGUACUUGCUAUAA